UAGAGAAUCAAACUUUGAAGUGGUAGCGGAGCCCAUGCCAAAACUUUACCAGUCUGUUGCUGUGGGAAACACUGCUGACUUGGUUGUGCUUUCUUAGUCUGUGCUUUGAUUAAGGCAGCUCUUUAUGAUGUUGCCGCUAGCUACUAAUGUAUUUCUGAAGCCUCUGUGCCUUGAGUGUCUUGAGUUAUAUGGCUACUAGAAUGAUUUCAGGGGUCCGUACCAUACUCACGGUAUCUGCAAUUCCAUCGUUCUGUGAUGUUGGCGGUCCUUAGCUAGACUCUAAUGGAUGAUUCUACUACUACCUUCGGUUCUUGGAUGUUUUUGAGCUCGAGUGUUCAUGGGAUAGAGUUGUUCCCUCUCAAGGUUGUGUUUUUACUAAAAUUAUCCUUCCUGGACCUGGUUUUUCUUCUAUUGAUCAUAUCUGUUUCUGCUCGAAUGCUCCUCCUCUUGUGUUCCAAUCACAUCACGACUGCUGAAACCCUUUGCUCAAGCCUCUUCUUAUACUGUUCUUUCAUAUUUUUGCUUUGAGAUGAUGCGAAGUCCCUCAGGAAGGAGGCAGGGGGAUAUUGGAUGAAAACCCCAUGAACCUGCUGCAAGGUGGAGAAAGGACUGUUGCUGGAGUUUCACCUGAGCAGAAAGUGAAAAAGAGAAAAACGAGCAAGUGUGGGAAACGUGUGAAGAAGAGGAAAUCAAAAAGGAUGGUGCAUUUGCUACGUGCUAUUGCUGAAGAAAAUGAGAAGAUCAAGAGUGGAAAUGACAUCUUAAAGCAGAAGUUGCAACUUAGGCAGGAUGGCAUCGAAAUUCAGAAAACUGAACUUUGCGUUUCGCUGAACAAAACAAUCACCGUUCAAGAAAACCUUGUGGAGGCAUUGUCUCAAGAGCCAUCAGUCCAGAGCCUUAUGGUGGGAUCUGACCAUCUUAAUGUGGCGCAGUAUGCUAUGUUGUUCCCAAAUGCCGACGGGGACGUUAGGCUGCCAUCCAAGGCAAACCAGUCCUUCAAUGACAUCACUGAACUGAAGCAUCGUUUUAUGGUGAGCACCAACAAAAUUGAACUUUUAUGCCAAAUGAUCAUAAAAUGAAAAACCGGAAGAAGAAGCAUGAAAAGGUAACAAGCAAAAUUGAACUUUUGCUUCACGUUAUCACAAGCAUUGAAUUUAAGAAGUGUUGAACUUGUUUAAUCCUGUUUGAUAAGUGAACAAAAAAGUGUGUCAUUGUGUGCAGGGGCGGAGCUGGUAGCAUUGGAUAGGAGAGGUCAAAAUUAAUAUUACAAGAUAUAUUAAAAAGUUUGUUUAUUUAAAAUAAAAAUAUCAAUACUAUUUCAUAUUUAAAUACUAAAUAAAAAGAAUUAAAAUGUUUUGCAGGGGUCGGCCCCUGCUUGCCUCCCCUUGUUCCGCCCCUGAUUGUGUGGAUAUGACCCUGAUUGUGUGGAUAUUUAAUAAAUUGCCUUUGCAGGUGUUUGAUAAUU